CAUCACUAUGGAUCCCUCUAAGUAUCGCCCAUCAAGCGCAUACGACACCCCUUUCUUGACAACAAAUGCUGGUGGUCCUGUGUACAACAAUGUUUCUUCCUUGACAGUUGGACCUAGAGGGCCUGUUCUGCUUGAGGAUUAUUAUCUAAUUGAGAAACUUGCGACUUUUGAUCGCGAAAAGAUACCUGAGCGUGUUGUUCAUGCUAGAGGUGCUAGUGCUAAGGGAUUCUUUGAAGUUACUCAUGACAUUUCUCAUCUUUCUUGUGCUGAUUUUCUCCGAGCUCCUGGUGCUCAAACGCCUGUUAUUUGUCGAUUCUCUACUGUUGUCCAUGAACGUGGAAGCCCCGAGUCAAUCAGGGACAUUCGCGGUUUUGCUGUCAAGUUUUACACCAGAGAGGGUAACUUUGAUCUUGUUGGAAACAAUGUCCCUGUGUUCUUUAAUCGUGAUGCUAAGUCGUUCCCUGACACGAUUCGUGCAUUGAAACCAAAUCCAAAGUCACACAUUCAGGAGAACUGGAGGAUCCUUGAUUUCUUCUCGUUCCUUCCUGAGAGUUUGCAUACAUUCGCCUUCUUCUACGAUGAUGUUUGUCUCCCAACUGAUUACAGACACAUGGAAGGUUUUGGCGUUCACGCGUAUCAAUUGAUUAACAAAGAGGGGAAAGCACAUUAUGUGAAGUUCCACUGGAAGCCAACUUGUGGUGUGAAAUGUAUGUCUGAGGAAGAAGCUAUUAGAGUCGGUGGUACUAAUCAUAGCCACGCGACCAAGGAUCUUUACGAUUCAAUUGCAGCUGGAAACUAUCCUGAGUGGAAACUUUUCAUCCAAACAAUGGACCCUGAGGAUGUAGACAAGUUCGAUUUUGAUCCUCUGGAUGUAACCAAGACAUGGCCUGAGGAUCUCUUGCCGUUGAUCCCAGUUGGUCGAUUGGUAUUGAACAGGAACAUUGAUAACUUCUUUGCUGAGAAUGAGCAGCUCGCGUUUAACCCUGGACAUAUCGUCCCUGGUAUUUACUAUUCCGAGGAUAAGCUUCUCCAGACUAGGAUAUUCGCGUAUGCUGAUACUCAGAGACACCGUAUUGGACCAAACUAUAUGCAGCUCCCAGUUAAUGCUCCCAAGUGUGGUCAUCACAACAAUCAUCGCGAUGGUGCCAUGAACAUGACACAUCGCGAUGAAGAGGUGGAUUAUUUGCCCUCGAGGUUUGAUCCUUGUCGUCCUGCUGAGCAGUACCCAAUUCCUGCUUGUGUCUUGAAUGGAAGGCGUACAAAUUGUGUCAUUCCGAAAGAGAACAACUUCAAACAGGCAGGGGAGAGGUACAGAUCCUGGGAAUCUGACAGGCAAGACAGAUACAUCACCAAGUGGGUUGAGUCUCUAUCCGAUCCACGAGUCACUCAUGAGAUUCGCAGCAUAUGGAUAUCAUACUUGUCUCAGGCUGACAAGUCCUGUGGUCAGAAGGUCGCUUCUCGUCUCACUGUGAAGCCUACAAUGUGAAGAUGAUGAAAAUAGUUGGAAUGGUUUCAAGCUGCAAAUGUUGAAAGACUAAUACAAGAAAAUGUUCACGUUGUGCUAUAAACUGUACUUCUUUUUUCAAUCGUAAUGUUGUAUUUGUAUCAAAUUUCGAUGUCUUAUGUUUUUACUAUGAUGAUGUAAGAACCUGAAUAAGUUCACAGUUGUAUGUUCAAUGUUUCACUUUCUAAAGUUA